UGCACAUAUGUUGGAUAUGUAUUACGUCUAUAAUAUAUAUUUAUAUAUAAGAUCUUCGCUUAGCAUCCAAUGAAAACCGUUUUUAGUAUGUUGUACACCAAUAUUACUCCUUCACUCCCGGAUUUUUUGUAAACCAAUUUAUUCUCAAAGGAUCUAAAUUUUGUAUUCUUUCUUCUCUUUACCAAAUAAUAUAAUAAUAAAAAAAGGCACUUAAUAUAAUCGCAAAGCGAUAGAACCCUAAUACAAGCUUUCGAUUCAUAGACUACAUACUAUUACACAUAUCUUAAUAUGCUUAUUCCACGAUCACUAUUGGUAUUCAAGUUAGCAGCACUGGUCACAGUGAUUGUUGGCACCAUCCUCUUUUUCCACGAGACAAGUGCACCCAAUCUAGGCCGACCGCUGAAGUGGGAUUGCUCUUCCACCACGCUGCCAUCCUUUCAUGGAGCGCAAACAUACAAUGAUACCAAAAUAUUUAUUGGAAUAUUUACAACCAAAGAGAAAGCAGAGCGUCGACAAAUGAUUCGAGACACAUAUCUUCAAUACAAACCAGAAAACAUAGAAUAUAAGUUUGUGAUGGUGGCUAACCAUAUCCCCAAAAGCUUACAACAAGAAAUAGAUGAUUACAAUGAUAUUUUGAGGAUCAACAUGACAAGAGAAAAUAUGAAUGAAGGAAAAACAUACGAAUACUUCAGAACGAUGGCAGAGAGGAAAGAGGAUAAGUUUGAUUUUGUGUUAAAGGCAGAUGAUGAUUCGUAUUUACAUUUGGAUCGCAUGGAGUAUGAUUUGUCACAUACAAACCGCAAUAUGUCUUACUGGGGAUACUUAGUCGGAGAUACAUUCAUGGGCGGGUUAUGCUACGGGCUAUCUUUUGAUUUGGUGGAGUGGAUAGCAGAUGCCCCCAUCCCAAGAAGAUACAAGAGCGGACAUGAAGAUUCCCAGGUACAAAAAUGGUUCCGUUGGUCCAACAUUGAUGAACAAGUGAACUAUGAAGUGAGAAACUGUAGAAUACACGACUAUAUUGAUUCGGGGUCUUUUUAUUCUAAGGAAAUUGAACUUGAUAACACCAUGAUUGUUCACUACUUGAAAAGCGAUGAUCACUUCUUGAACACACAUGAAACUUUAUCCUCCACCUAUCAGAGUAAAUAAAAUGUACAUCAUACAAACGUGGGUUUUGCCACAACCAUUUGAUCGUGACUGCAGUGAACUCAUUUUAAGUUGGUUUUUUUUAAAGCAACAAUCCCAAUUCGUUCACCGACUUCAGG